AUGUGUGAGAUAUUAUCAGCUGGCGCCAGUGAAUCCAAAGGAGACUCUUCUCCAAGUAAGUGCACCAACACCGAUCGCAUCAGCGCAUUGCCGGAUCAUAUUCGUCAUUCCAUUACCUCAUUACUGAGUAUAAAGGAUGCCAUACGCACUAGCACAUUAUCCCACAAAUGGAGAACAACCUAUGCUUACAAGUCAAGCCUCGAGUUUAAUUGGCAUGACUUAAUUCCAAACCCAGCCAACGAAGAUCCUUUAGGAACAGUUUUAAGGGCAAAUAUUGAGUCGUUCAAGGUUCGCUGUCGAUUUGGAAGUAGGCAUGCGCUUAAAAUCAACGGCUGGGUGGACUCUGCUAUUUCAAAGGAUGUUGACCUAGCUUUUACUUGUGAUGAGGUGCUCUCUCAACGUACUAAUGAUGUUUCGGAAGCCAUAGACUACUAUGAUUUCCCUACUCAUAUGCUUUUGAGUGGUGAAGAACCAAAAUUUAUCAGGCAUCUUUCCUUGCUGACGUGCACCCUCCGGUCAGAUAUUUUUACCAGACGAUUUAACGCCCUAACAAAUCUUGUGCUGUCGGAUUGUAAAUUCAUCGGAGGUGUAGAGCCACUUGCCUUUUCAUCUGGGCAAAACCUUGAGUUUCUGAAACUCGACUACUGUUCGGGAUUGGGAAGUAUACUGCGCUUUGACUCACUUUACCGUUUGAAGACCCUAACGGUGACCAUGUGUGACGGCUUGAAGAGGAUUGAGGUAACCAAUGCCCCCAGUCUCACCUUUUUUCGAUGUCACGGCGAUGGAAAUAUAGAGCUCUCUUUGGAUGUGGUUCCCAAUUUGCAAGAAAUGUAUGCUGUUUUGGACGGAAUCGAUGUGAUUGAAAGCUUUCUUAAGUUGGAGAGAGAAGUUCCUCAUGUCCCUUUCCUUGGAGUUGGCAAACCUAUGCACAACUACGCUCGACCGGUUUAG